AUGUUGAAACAAAUAUUAUUUAUACUUUUGUCUAUUUUAGUUUGUUCCUCUAUUGGAUCAUCAUCAUUCCAAGUUGCAUCGACCUUUCCAAUUUGCAGUUCUUGUGUUAGUAAUUGUCAACAACUCGAUGCAGAUGCUAUUAACAUCAUAGCCAAUGGUGGACUGAUAAGUACCUGUGCUGGCUUGUGUGGAUACUUUGCAGGUGAUGAAAAACAAGUAUGUACAGCUGCUUGUAAUAAUAUAGGAUUGGAUCCGUUCAUCCAAAUAAUCACAGACGAGCAAGUUGCCGACCCCAUCUAUUUCUGUCAAUCUGUCAGGUUAUGUCCAACCAACAGUGGUACUACAGGUUCUGCAACCGUCGAUGUUGCUACCACACCUUCAAGUGGGCCACUAGGUACCACCUUUUCUGUAACUGCUACCUAUACUAUUAUCUCUCCUUUUAAUAUUGGUCAGAUUGCCAUCAAGAUUAUCGAUCCUGCUGUCAACUUUUUUGGUGGUGAUCAACUCAUUACCAAUGUCGUUCCAGGUACCUAUACAUACACAUACCAAUUCACAGCCGAGCCAUCUGAACAAGAACCUUUCAGCAGUGGUCUUUACAAAGUAGUCGUCUCUGUUUGUACUGGUACAUGUGGAUUAUCCAGUCCAGGUACUCUCACCUUAGCUUUAGAAGACACUUCCUUUACUAUCAAUAACUAG